AUGAAAAGAAAACAACCGUGUUUGUCCGGAAAUUGCACAAAAUGUUUUUGUUUUGAUUCUGCUCUCACAGCUCUUACCAGAUCGCCAUCGUUACUUAAGCUUUUCUUCUCUUUCAGUCGUGAUAUUCCAAAAUUGGAAGAGAAGAUCGAAAAAGAGUUGGUAGGAGUUGGAGAUGAAUCUGGGUUGAAGAAGAUGAUUGGCUCGGAUGAAGAAACAGACAGUGAAGACGAAGACUUCACUAAGAAACUAUUAAACCGACAAGAUGAAAAGAAGAAGAAUACUUUGGAUAUCGAAGAGAGAGAUUCCUCUGGUAGUGAUUCUGACGCUGAUCCCGAUAAGGAAAAGAUUGAUCACGUUGUCUUCAUACCGUCUGAUGAGCCGUUAGAAGAAGGUGCUUCAUCUACUGCGAAAAAACGCCCAGCUGGUUCGGAAGCAGGUGGAGAAGCAAAGAAGGCAAAGACUGAGACAAAUGUCCCUGAUGGUUUGAAUGAAGAAACGGUCCGUAAGUACUUACGUAGAAAACCUCAUACGACGAAAGAGUUGCUGACCAAAGUAAAAGCCAAAUGUGGUGAUAUGUCCAAGUCAGAGAUUGUGACUAAGCUUGCUGCUAUUCUAAGAACCAUCGAGCCUCACCAGUUCAAGCAAAAGCAAGGCAGGAAGGAUGUGUUGUUCUUCUCCUUGACGAAUAAUAUGGCCUAA